ACCUUGCGAAAAUCGUGUAUGUGUAACAUGGUUUCAUUCGUUUCCGGUUUCUACCGAGCCGAAUGGAACCGCAUACGUAUGUAACAGGCUUUAUACUUUUAUUUACAAUUUUCCACCUCCAUGAUGACAUACAAAGAUACUGAUAACAUAACCUAUUUUGUUUUUUAUAUUGUGUUUUAAAAAUAUUAAAUUUAUAUUAACACAUUUUAGUAAUUAAUCCAUAAAUAUGGAUAUAAUAGAAAAUAAAUUGUAUUCUAAUAAUCCAAUUAAUAUAUCUAAUUUAAUAUCAAAAAUAAUUAAUAACGUGAAAAGAAAACAUGCCGAAGGUCUUAGAGAUUUUCCCGAAGUUAAGUUUUUAAAAGAAAAGAUGAUGAACGCUGAUCCUUUAAUAAGUGAAGUGUCGGGAAAAGCUAUCAUGAUGCUUAUUAGUGAUCGAAUAUUAUCUGCUGAUGUAAUUCACACAGAUUUUAUUAGUAGCAUGAAUUCAAUAAAGUGUCUUUCUACUUUAACCAAUAUAUUAGGAGAUUUAUUGUGCUUAUUACCGAAUGAUAAAAACUAUGUAUUCAAGUUAUAUUCUCCACAACAUCCCUUUAUAACAUUAAUUAUGGAAAAACCAGAUGCAGCUUAUCAUAUUUUUGUCAAGAUACAAAAUUUACUGGAAGAUUUUGAUGGGUCUAUGAUUAACAAAAUAUUUGAACCAUUCUAUUUGUACUGCUUGUGUUGUCCAUCGAGAAAUAAUAUAGAAUUGUUGAGAUGCAGAUUAUGGGCAUUAUUAUUAAAUUCUAAAGAUGCUGGUACACAUUUGUUUGGUAAAAUAAUUUCUUGGUUACAAGUAGAAAAAAAAGAAGAAAUUCAAAUAAUAAAUAAUCAUUUCAUAGAGGCGUUAAGAAAUCCAAACAUUGAAACAAUUUUAAAUAUAGAAGUAGUAAUAUUAUGGCACGCGAGUCUUCUUUAUAAUAUGGCACUGUAUAAAUUUGACAUGCAACCAGCUCUAUGUUGUUUACGACAAAUAUUCGAAAACAGAAAAUUAGUUAUGAUCGAUAGUAUACUUCUGAUAUUUUCUCAAAUAAUUGAUGUAUGUUCACCCAUACAUUUGAAAAAUAUACUUUUAACAUGUAAACCGAUGCUAGAUCAAGAAUACGCUUCUUUAUUCGCAUUAGAAACUCUCAAAGCUUCUUUAUUACCUUGGUUAACUUCUCCUUGUACAUUUCUUAAUGAAGCUCAUCAAUUGGCAAAAGAAAUAAUUACAUCAGUGAACAAAAGGAAUAACACAAACUAUAAAUUGAAUGCGAAUGAAAAAUUAAAAGAUUUUUCUUCCAGAUAUAAAAAUCUAAUUUGCACCAAUAAAAUGAUAUUCAUUACCGUUAAUUUAACAUUAAAUUUAGAAAGAUUUUCCGAGGAACAGGACCUCAAGGAAUGGUUGGAAGAAAUUAAACAAAUUCCCGAUGAAUAUACUGUGGAUAUUUUUAAUUUCCUUUGCGGUUUUAUGAUGAUCGAAUACCAAGAUCCAGAAAUAUCUCUAAUAAUUUUAGAGCUUCUACUUAAAUGCGCGGAAAAAGAAAUAAUUUUCUCUUCCAAAUUAUUAACAUUAAUUUUAUACAAGUUAUCGAACAAUCUAUAUCCAAACUACCAUUUCGCUCUUUUGAAAUCUUUACCAAAACUAGUAAUUUAUCAAGAUAACAUUCCGAAAGUUAUGGCGUUAAUACGAGCAGUUAGUAAAAGAUCGGAAAAUCUUUUUAAUGUUGGAAUUUCUUUGGCUUUGGAUGCAUGGAAAAUUAAUAACAAGUGUUACAUAUAUUUAGAAGAUCUCCUGGUAUAUGAUACACCUGUUGAGAAAAAGUGGGAACGAUAUGUAACAAAAGCUUAUGUUUUAAAAGAACUCUGUGACAGGAAGCCUGAACUAUAUGGAAAAGAUGCUGUAGCUCAUUUAUCAAAAAUCUUGAAUGACUGCGAUAAUGAAAAUGGUGCUCUGCCUUGUUCUUUAGCUAUAGAAGCCAUAACUAUCUUAUGCAGAAAUGGAAUUAUCGAUAUACAAACUACUUGGAGUACAUUAGCACCUAAAUUUACGAAUGAUAGACGACUUCCAGUUGUCAAAAGUUUAUGUUCGUUAAUUAAAGAAGUUCCUCAGUUGCUGGAUUCGGAUUCAUAUAAAGAUUUAUUUGAAGCAGUGACAAAAAAAUUAUGGGAAUACGUAGAAUACGGAGAUACCCAAAUAAGCGAAGCUGCUCUUUCGAGUCUGGUAUCAUUUGGGAUUGAACACAUUAGUAAAACUUUACCCGAGAAGUAUCUCGAGCCCGAAAGUGUUUCCACCGCGCAGUCGGUAUUAGGUAAGACAUGGAUAUAUUUUUUAAUAGAACAUAGGGCGUCAGAUGCAUCUGUACAAUUUAUAAAAAACAUGAUGUCCAUUGAAAUAGAUGGAUAUUUAAAGUAUGUUUAUCAACAGAAAGGACCUAAAGAACCAAUUAACUACAAUUAUUUACCUACUCAUAGUAUAGUUAAAGAAAUAGGAGUAUUUAUUAAAGCAUGGGUAAACAAAUGGAGGGGUAGUAUCCACAAUAAACUCUACAUUGAAUGUCUAAAAAUAUUCAGUGAAGUAUACAGCAAACCGUUACCUCCAUUAGAUUGGUGUUUCCUACAAGAAUUGAUUCACGAUCCUAAAACUAAAGAAUAUGCUGUAGAUAUCGCUUCACAUCAGGUAGUGAUGUCCGGUACUGCAAGAAGACUAAUCGACAAUUAUUUAAUAACUGUUACAGAAAAUCCAAAGGAUGAGGAUAUUUUAUUAAUUUUCAAAAAUUUAAAAUAUUUGGUUCGAAGUAUACAACCCAUGAUUUUGAGACCAUUUUUCGAAAUAUCAAUUUGGCAUGUAUUGAAACAAGAUACGGAUGAAUAUAAUUUGAUAGAUCGUAUGUUUGAUCAACUGAAGAUCGUUCUUCGCGAAGAAAACGUACAAGAAACUAAUAAAAUUACCAUAGUUCAAGUUUUGGAUGGUAUAAUUUUUACAACGGAUGUGAAUUCAAAAUUAUUCAAGAAACUGUGCGAAGUUAUGGCUGUUGCCCCUACAAAGUGUUUAAAGGAAGCGGCCUGUGUUAAAAUAACCGAUAAUGCAGAGGAUUUUCCAAAAAGUGUUAAAAUGAGAUGUGCCCUAGCUAAAAAUGCCAAAAUGACACCACUUGAUUGGAUAAAUGAUUUAAUUGACGUUUGGAGUAUGAAUUACAGAGAUACGUCUAUUUGGCCUGAUAUGGUAGAAGUUCUAAAAACGCACAUUAAAAACAUCGAAGAAUCCGUACCUUGGUGUCUUGAUUUAAUUGGUCGAAUUCAAGCGAAAGUUGCCGAUAGAUCUGAAGUUUUAGUUAUCAGCUGUCUGUUUGACGUUUUAAUAUACGUUGUUGUACACUUCUCCGGUUUCUACACAUUCAUUAAUAAAAACCAAAACGAGUACAAACAAAUUAAGGAACUGUUUCCAGCUUCUCUUGCUGCCCUUUUAGAUCGAGUUACGUGGGAGGCUUGUUCAGCUCAAGUUUUGGAAUGGCUUUUUCACAUGAAUGCAGAAGAAACCAUAUCUAAAGAUUACCGUAAGCUUUUUGGGAGUUGUCUUCAAGCAUUGAAACACAACGAAGAUUUUACUAAAAAUGACAAGUUCUUGAAAUACAUAAGUAGUAGUACUAUAGACUGUGAAUAAAUUUUUUACCUUGUUAUUUAAUUUUCUCUGGACCUUUAGAUUAAUAGAAAUAAUUUAUCAAUACCAGUUAAAGAUAUUUGAGCCGUAACACUAAAUUGUCUCCAAAUUACAUGACAGAUAAAGAAAAUAAAUACAAAUACUUGUAUGGUUUAUCCAAUGAUUUAAUCAGAAGUCUAAUGGACAAAGCGCUGGAGACAACCUUCCGAAUAGUUGUCUACCAUUAUAUGAUACACCGAAAGACUAACCCUAAUCAUCAUUUUGGCCACUGGUACCAGAGUAAAUCACCUCGAGAUGAUUAGACAUUACACAAUUUGUUCAAUGUAUAAACGACAAAUGUAAAAAAGAAAAUCCACUGCAACCAUGUAUGUAUAUAUGGAUUUUAGGGUACCCCUUUUUUCCUGCUGAACUAUUAAUCCCACUUCUCUUAGAAUGUUCAGAAUGUGAGCUGCCAAAGAUCUUCGUCUUCUAUUUCCAGCUCCACUCCAACCAUAUUGCAACUGUGUUCUUCUCCAGGAGAUAUUUUUCAUGGGACCUGGGCACAAAGGCUAAAUUGUACUCCCGACUUCAUGGGUCUUAAUACCCCCUAAAGAAUCAACUUUUGUUUAGCUCAAUAUCUAAAAUGCAAAUGUAAAAAGGAAACUCCUCUCCAAGUACUGUUGAACUGCGUUCUUCUCCAGAGAACACUUUUCAUGGGACCUGGGUACAAAAGUUGGUUAGAGGAUAUAUUCUGGAUUAAUGAAGUUUAACGAGAAAUAACUUUUUACUAAAUUACUACCCAAUAAUUUUUGCUACAUAUUUGGUAAAUUUAACAAAGAAAUUUUUGUAAAUUAAGACCAAUUCCUGUAUGAAUACCUGAAUUCUCUUUCUAAUUACACAUUUCUUGCAAGGGCUUAAAAAUGCUAAAAUAUGACUCCUUCUAUUUCUAACCUAUACAAUUAUUAAAAAUUUUGUCAGUUUUGAGAUUGUAAUUAAUUUUUUUGUUACAAAAAUUUUCUUCAUUCUAUAAGUAAAUUAUUAUAUUUUUCUUGUUCUACUAUAUUAUAUAUUGUUUUGAUAUUGAUUGAUUUCGUUGCUAAUAAUAUCAUAGAAAUGGUAAUUUAGAACAUUUAAAUUUAUUAUAAAACUGGUGGAUUGGGAAUAAGUCAAUUCAAUAUUCAAUUUUUGUUCUGUUGUAUUUCAAAAUUUAGAAAAAAAAAAUAAACGGUGAUAUAUUUAUAA